AUAAUAUUCAGACAAUUAUAAUAAUAGGAAGUGUUCGAUAUAAAUUUAUUCAGUAUAUGUACUGAUAAACGAAAAAAAUGAAGUUGGUGCUAAUCUUAAUUCUUUUAAUCGCAUGUUCCGGUUGCAAAGCGGACGGGUGUUUAGAAAGGGAUUACGGAGAAGGAAAUACAGUUUGCGUGUGUAACAAUCAACACUGCGACACAAUGCCACGUAUAAACAAAGUUUCUUUUCCUUAUAUUCUAAUCUACACCUCCAAUAAAAGUGGAAAACGAUUCAAGAAAAACUACAAAACUUUUACAACUCGAGGUGGUAUAAAAAACAGUGUUUCAGGGAAAUUUUAUGAAGACAAAACUACAAACGAAAGAAAUGUUUCUAUAAAAAUAUCCAAAUUCACCAAAAAAAAACGAAGUUGUCUGAACGGAACGAAUGACGUUAAUAAUAAUAUACCAAAAACGAUCGUUAUUAACUCGAAAAUAACAUAUCAGAAAAUCAUUGGUUGGGGAGGAGCUUUCACUGAUUCUACUGGAAUCAAUAUAAAGAGCUUGAAAAAAAAUUUGCAAGGAAAAUUAAUGAGAUCGUAUUUCUCAACUGAAGGUCUGGAAUAUAAUUUAUGUAGAGUACCAAUCGGAUGUACUGACUUCUCUACCCAUGGGUAUACCUAUGUUGAUGACAUUGAUGAUGGUGAUUACCGCGAAGAUCCCUUACUGACAAAGUUUAAACUAGCUCGAGAAGAUCAUCUAUAUAAAAUUCCUUUGAUAAAACAAGCGAAAAAACUGCAGAAGAAUCUCCUGCUUUUCGCUUCUGCUUGGACUUCUCCCAAAUGGAUGAAAGAGAGUGGAAGCUACCCUGGUAGUAUGGGGUAUUUGAAGAAAAAGAUGUACAAGCCAUGGGCUAAUUAUUUCAUCAAGUUCUUAGAUAAUUAUUUUUCGAAUAAUAUCACUUUCUGGGGUAUCACCACUGGGAACGAAAUAUUUUAUAGCAUGGCUCAUCUAAAAAUUCCAGGUAUUGUUUGGACCCCAGAGGAAAUGGGUCAUUGGAUCAGUAAAUAUUUUGGACCAAAAUUACGAAAGUCUCAACAUCAUCAAAUAAAAAUGUUGACUAUUGAUGAUAACAGACCAACGUUGACUCAUUCUUUAGAUACGAUAUUCUCAAAUACGCAGAACGAAGGGUUUAUAGAUGGCGUUGCUAUACAUUGGUAUUUCGACAAUGAAAAUAAUUCUUAUAUUUUGGACGAUAUUCAUCAUAAAUAUCCGAAUAAGUUCUUAUUAUAUACAGAAGCUUGUAAUGGAGCCGACAAUAAUCUAGUUAAGCUUGGUUCGUGGAAGAAUGCUGAAGCUUAUGCUAAAAAUAUUAUACAGGUACUCAACCGAUGGGUGACGGGAUGGGUGGAUUGGAAUAUGGUUUUAGACACAAAAGGGGGACCUAGUUACAUAAGAAAUUUCGUCGAUUCGCCGAUUAUUGUGAAUUGUACGGCACAAGAAUUUUAUAAACAACCGAUGUAUUACAUUCUCGGACAUUUUUCGAAAUUCAUUCCAAGAGAUUCUAUACGGAUUAGUUCCAGUCAAAAUGAUCUUCUAAUACAUGUAGCGGCUUUUAAAAGACCCGAUAAUGGAGUUGCCGUAGUCAUUUUGAACCCAUCCGAUGUUAGUCAAAGAAGAACUUUAAGAGACGAGUCGAAAGGGGAAAUUCAACUGGAACUAACUCCUCGUUCAAUAACGACCUUAUUAUAUUGGUGAAACUAAUUAUUUACUCGUAGUUUAUUUUCAGAUACUUUUCUUUAAUUAUAGAACAUCAUUAAAACGCUCCCAACAAUAUAUUUCGCUUGGGGAAUAUCUUGAAAGGUUAGUGGAACAUGGAAGGAAAGUGAGAGAGACAUUUUCUUUGAAAUUGAUUCGUUAAUGCUAAAUUAUGUAUAAGAAAACACCUUUUAUCAAUAAAUCUACUAUUAUAUAAGACGUAGAAUUUAUUGAUGACAGUUUUGACAUGUUGGUAAUGAUAAAAAAAGUGAUGAAUAAUUAUUGAGUUAUAAUUAAAAAAUUUAACUACCA